AUGGAGAGCGAGCACGGCAAAAUCUCCGUUCGAGCAUGGAGAGCGAGCACGGUGAAAUCUCCGUCCAAGCAGCAAGAGUUAAGGGGAAAUAACCAGCUUACUGCAUCGUCCUCCAGUGCUGUGUGUCGCCAUGUUGGUGGGGCAGGAGGGGGCGACACGAUAGCAUGUUUGCAGAAGCACGUGGAGGAUGAGGACAUGGGCGAGCAGUGCAAGACGGAGGUCAAGAAGGACGAGGAGCGCAGCGCUCACGACUUCCGCCUGAACUACAAGGCUGAAUCGUGCGUGUUUCAGCGGCGUGCAGCGCCUCUGCAUGCACGAGUGCUGCAGUGCCUGGCGGCCCCUUCACCACCACUGCCGCCCAAGAACGACUCCCUCACCACCGCUGGUGGCUCCUCGGGCGGCCACGGUGGCCGCGUGCUGCAGUGCCUGGCAUACUUUGAGCGGCGCGAGGUGGGCGAUGUGAUGCUGGACGUGCCGCUGCAGCGCGUGUGUGUGGACGACAUCGGAGCGCUGUGCGAGCUGCAGCGAGCUGCAUGCCUUCUGCCGCGGCGUGCCGCCCAGCGAGGGCAAGGCCUUCCGCUGCCUGUAGACCAGCCUGGGCCAGGUGAGGCCAUGGGACUGCAACAGGGAAGCAUGGGGGUGGCGUGUCGCUCUGAGGUGGCGCUGCAGACGGUGCGCGAGUCGCAUUUCUACCUCGCUGACGUGGCGCUGGCGCUGCAGUGCCAGGUGGACAUUGCCAAGUCGUGUGGCACGGCGGCCAACAGCACGGCGGACGGCGACCUCGCUUGUCCACACAUGAGGAAAGGAGAUAGGGGGCGAAAGCAGAGGAGAGCGGGCAUGAAAGAGAAACCUGUGUGUGGUGUGGGGGACGCGCGACGAGGGGGACGCGAAAGGAGAGGAGAUCCUGCAUGA